AUGGCAGAAGCACAACUGACCAAUCAAUUAACACGAAUUGAUUCGAUGACAAACGUUGAGUUACGUGCUGAACUCAAACGACGUGGUUGUCCAACAUCAGGCAACAAAAAAGAUCUUCUAGCUAAGUUACGUGUUGCUUUACAAAAAGAAUACGAACAAGCUGCAUUGGAAACCGCAUCGACAACAUCAACUAUGGAUUCAAUGAGUUUCGAUGGGCGAAAUAACAAUUUUCCAAAUGUACAACAAUCACCUGUUGUAUCCUAUGAUAUGAAUCGACCUUCAUUGAAUAAUUCUACAGCAUCGUCACAUAAUUAUAUGACACCACAUGGUGGAAGUCCAGCGGUUUAUAAUCAACAUAUGCAUAGUGCUGAAGCACCAUUGACGUAUACAAAUUUACAAAUCCACGAUCAGGCGGCUGGACCAUAUCCACCAGUGUAUAAUUUAACGAUGCAACAAAGUGCUCAUGCAUCUCCGUCGCCAACAAUACCUGUACCUCAACAAUUAACUGUUUCACCGGGAAACCGACAUCCAAUGUAUGAGCAACCCCAUUUACAACAACAACAACAAGCACCGCCACCGCCACAACAAUUCUCACCAAUGGCUACACGUCAGCAACGUGCCAGUGUCGAUACUCCAACAAAUGUCACUGCCCCCUCAGCUGCUCCUGCGAUGUCGCCCGAGAGAAAACCUCGAACUCGAAGUAAAAAACCAUCUAUUGAUUCUCAACCGAUCGAAAGUCAACAACCCGUACCAGCAAAUAAUCCUCCACCAAUUCAGAUUACUGCACCUGAAAUUGUUCAGCCACCAGUCGUCAGCGAACCCAAGAUUGACCAUCCAACACCGGGUAGCAUCGUUGGCAACAACCUAGAGGUGAAUUCGUUUGUGAGUAAGAGUCAUGAGGAGGAACAAAAAGAUCUAGGACAAGUAAGAGAAGAAAGAGGAGAUUCACGUUCACCAUCUGUAGACAGUAGUAGUGUCAAGUCUGAGUCUGUUAUUAAAGAAAUCCCGUUAUCCGGUGAUCGACAUCGUUUGAGUCGAUCGAAAUCACCUAAAUCACGUUGGCAUCAUUCGCCAUCGCCUCAGCAACCACAAACUAAUCAGUCGUCAGCGACUGAAGAAGAACAACACUCGGCUGCGCCAACCACGAAUGACGAUACUAAUAAAACUAAUAAUCAAAUUGAAAAGUCAUCAAAGGUAGAUUUACCAGCCGAGAGUACAGGCGGUUCAGCUGGAAAUGAAAUGAAACAAAGCGAGUCACCUGUAGUCGAAAAGCAAGAAACUCCAAAGAAAGAAGAAUCGACACCUGUCAAUGCGAACAAGAACGAUCAGCAACCAGAAAAAGCUGCAGUACAGCAACAGCUCAAACCGAGUCGUUCUCAAACAUCAUCUACGUCGUCAUCAUCAUUGAUGAAAAGUUUAAAUCGCUCCUCAGGAAGCAAUCGAAUGAAUCUAUCCUCAGAUGUUCUUAAAACACUCAUUCCGGAUAUUAGUUUAGCUCCUGAAUCAAUAAUAACUGAUGAACUCGAAGCAUCGGCAAAUGAUCUCGAUCACGAAGAUGAUAACGACCAAAGCAAUCAACCUAUACUUGACACAGGUGUGGGCAAUGAUUAUCUUUUGGGUGAUUCCAUGACUAUUGGCGAAUUAGCUGAUCAAAAACAGCAACGUAAUCGAACGGUUGUCAUUGACGUUACUGCGGAUUCUUCAUCAUUAAAUGAUGAUCUCGUUGAGAAUAGUUCCGAUAUUCGGAAAAAAGCACCAGCACCGCCUAUUCGUGUCGCUUCGUACGAAUCAAAGAUCCUACUCGAUGGAAAAACAAAUGCUCUUAUGAUGGACGAACCAGUACGCGUCAAAGAUGCCACAGCGACGAUUGAACCACCCAGUACAAUCCUGUACGUUCGUGGUCUCACACGUCCAUUUACUAUUCCAUUGUUAAAAGAACUUCUCGGUCGAUAUGGAACAUUAGUAGAUGGCGAAUUUUGGCUUGAUAAGAUCAAAAGUCAAUGUUUCGUUACCUAUACAACUUUAGAAGAAGCCCAGGAUGCUCGUGAGCAUCUUGACGGCUGUCGAUGGCCAUCAACGAAUCCUAAAACAUUAUCUGUCCGAUUUGGUCGACAAGAUGAAUUCGAAUUCAGUAAAACACAUGAUUUACCACCUGAUCAGAUGUCUAUUGGUGCGAUGGAUACGGCAAAUAAUCGUCGGGUUCAAGAAAAAUCAAAUUCAAAUAACAAAACAUCUUUACGCCGAUCGGCCAGUCCUACAAAUGAUACAAAAUCCAACAAAAAACUUCGUGUGAGUGGUAACACUGAUGUACGUGAAUGGGAUUUACCUAAACUUCAACAACAAGAAGAUAAAUCUCCAACCGAACGUGAAGUCAUCGAAGAACAAACAGUAAAAAGUAACGAACCACCACCGAAAGGACUCGAUGAUUAUUUCCGAAAAACAAAAGCUAAACCGGCUAUCUAUUGGUUACCAUUAACUGACGAACAAACUGUCGAACGAGCGCGUCAACGAGAGCAACGCAAUGUUGAACGAGAGGAACAACGUAGAAAACGAGAUCUCGAUGAAAUCGCCCGCAAUUCCAACAAUCCUACAGAUUCCAAAUCUCGAUCUAAUAAUAAUGAUAACACAUCAUCAAAUCGUCCUCAACGUCGAUCUCCAUCACCUCGUGAUAAACGUCGCCGUGUAUCUCCAAAUGCUUCACCACCUCGCCGAGAUAAUAAACGACAUUAG